CCCCGGCGGCGCAGCAACCGCUAGCUCCGAACUUCCGACGCAGUUUCUGUUCGGAGUGAACGCCACACGGUGGACGUGCAUCUUCGUGAGGAGGAACCGCGCGUGAUGACCGGCGUGGUAGCAGCGCGACGAGAGGACCUUCAUCCUAUCAGGUGCUCCCGCCGACAGGUAGCGACGAUGGCGAGGUGCUCGUUCCUGCCGAUCGGAAUACCGUUUGUCGUGUGCGUGGUGCUCGCCGCUUUCGCGGUCGUCUGCUGCGGUGCGACGACGGACUGCAGCGCGCCGCGAGACCUGCUAUCAUCGACGCUCGGAGGCGGGGACCACAGGUGGACCGAAGUGCUCGCCGCUUCGCCCACGUCCGGUGGCUCCCUGACUCUGUGUCCGCUGGCGUCGGGCCGCGACACGUGUUGCACUCAGGAGACCGAGCUGAGGCUGCGAGAGGCCGCGUGGGACCACUUCCGCUUCCGGUUGAGAGACGCCACGGCGCCGCUGCGGCGAUUCCUGGACGACAGCCUGGUACUCUUUCGCGAGCGUCUGUCCAGUCUGGUGUCCGAGGCGGAGCGCAACACGGAGAUCCUCUUUUCGGACGUGUACGCCGAGCGGGUCGCGGUCGAAGCCCGUGCCCCGGUCAGACGGCUGUUCCAGGCACUACGCCAUCGGCUUGGCCUCCCUUCGGGCGCGUUGGAGGGCGCCGAGUCGGCCCGCGAGGAUUCCCAGGACGACCCCGUGGACGCCUUCUUCGGCGACCUUUUCCCGCUGGUGUACUUCCACACGGUGAACCCGCGUCUGGCCGACUUCAGCGACGACUACAAAGCCUGCCUAAAGGGGGCGCAGGGCCGGCUCAGGCCGUUCGGCGACGCGCCGCUCAGGCUCAAGAGUUCCCUGGCCGAGUCCCUAGGCGCCGUUCACACUGUACUUCGAGCCACGCGACUGGCGCUUGAAGUCGUCAACGCUUCCAGCUCGCCUCCGGAUGACGCCGAACCGCAUUGCAGCCGGGCCCUGGCCCGAGCUCUGGGCUGCGGAGCCUGUACCUCGCUGCCGCCCACGACGAUGGGAAAAGUGGCCAAAAGGAAUGGAAAGACCUCAAUGUUGGCACCGACCUGCUCGGGGCUGUGUGUAAAUGCCGCCCGGGGUGGCUGCCUGGCUGCACUGGAGGACCUAGAAGCACCCUGGAAUGACCUGGUAUCCUCCCUGCACCGCCUCCUUCCACGAUUGGUGGGUGCUUACAGUCUGGAUGAGGCCUUGUCAUUGCUGGACUCGAGGGUGUCUGAAGCUGUCAUCCACGCCAUGGAGAAUGGUCCCGAGCUUGUGAAAAGGGUGAAGUUGGAGUGUGGUGACCCUCGGCGGCGCCCAGGUAGCACUAAUCAUACAAAUUUGCCUGCUGCGACUGGGCGGAGAACGUCAGGUGCAACUUUGCGAGGUGCUGACGCUGCGCUGCGGUCACGGCAGCGUGAGCUUUUGCGGCAGCUGAGCGCCUCACGCACCCUUUUCUCAUCUCUCGCUGGCGCUGUUUGUGACCCUGAUGUGGUGGCUCCGCCUCCUUGCUGGAAUGGCAUCCAGAUUGGAAGAUACGUCAAGCCUGUGGCAGCCCCUGGCACUGCUGCACAGCACGAGAACCCCGAAGCAAGCCAUCAAGUGUCAACAUGGGAUUCCUGGCUUGAAACACAUGCCCGUCGCCUCAAAGAAAUGACAACUGAAAUUCUCAGCCACAAGGUAUCAAUGAUGCCAGAAUCGGACUCCUAUGUCAUGGAAGGCAGCGGCAGUGGUGCCUGGGGAGGCGAGGACACUUCAGAUGAUGAGGACUUCGACAGUGGCUCUGGCAGUGGUGAGGGACCUGACAAGGACCCACCGACGCCAACGACCCACGUCACAACUUCCACCACACCUCGUCCAAGGACAGCUGGAUCAGCGACACCACACGUGGCAGCGGCAGCACUCAUCGUAGCUGUGGUGUGCUCCCUGUUAUCAACCUUCGCAACCUGAGUGAAUAGCCUGUCUCUCCACACCACUCACAGAGCUUAGGACGGCCUUCGUGCCGAGGAAGCCCCGGCACCUUCGUUGUGGCAUUGUGAUAGAACUAGGCAUGAAAAAUCAUGCGUUGGAAAGAUAGCAUUGAAGGGGUGCGCGCAUACGUGGACAAAGUUUACGCGGACUGUGGUGUUCCAGCCGGCAGCAUUUUCCCACUGCGCCUUGUCUGGCCAGAGACCUCCCAGCUGUCUGUGAGGCCCGGCAGCUCUUGGGACAACACGGUGCCUCGAGUCUUCCUUCUUGUGGCUGUGUGACUUUUGGAAACAGUGUCGCUCACUGCCCUUUUUUUUUCUUCCGUGCGGGUGCCAAGUGAAUGAAACCAAUCACCUGAUCAUGCCAUCUCAACUCUCCCGCUCCCGGCUUAAAUGUGUGUCAUCGUGGUGAGGCCCUCAAGUGAUGUGCGGACUUGUGUCACAUCACUGCAGCAGCACCUUCAAGUAGUCAUUUCCUGCAGGUGUUGUUGCUCUAUCUCCUCCUGUGGCCUUACUAUGUCUAACUCAAGGUCCUUGGCUGCAAAUGGCCAUUCUAAUGCAAUGGAACGCUCCCCUAAGGGGCCUGUGACUGUAACUUCUUCGAGUGUGAAGUUUUUUUUAUUUCUCAUCUUACCAGUAGAAUAUGAUCAAUCAAAUGUUUUGUGUAAGCUGCUAGAGUUGCUGUAUGUGCUCAAAUGCAAUGCUUGGUUAUAUUGUGGAAAAAUAAUUGUGUCGCUGUGCUUCCACAGUGGCCACACACAGUUUGUUCGACAAAGAACAGUUGUUUUCUGGACAUCAGUGUGUCUGUAGAUGAUGUGCCAUCUUUGUGCCAUAGUCAGCAGCUUCGUCUUGGCUGGUACAUGAGUGUGACUUAGCUGCCUGAGGUAUUUUGUUGGGUGUGUGCAGUUAAAACAUCCUCGGACCCACUCGAUUCGAAGGGUUAGACUUCUGGACUGUUUCCUGGUUUCUUUACUCAUUUGUCUCACUUGUUUCACUCUGCUGUAUUUGUAAGCAUCAGCUUUUUCAGGAUGCUUGAAAACUUCGCUUGUCCGCUGCAUGAGCAGCACAAAGAUUGGUCGUUUGUUUAAUUAUACGCGGCAUGUUGGCUUUGCAUUGGUCAACUUCCUUAAGUUUCUCACAGUUUUGAAAUAUCACCACUUAUUCACUAUGUAUGCACGAGACGAUCAAUUUCUGUGUAUGUGGUUGUGUCAAUGAACUUCGGUAUCUUUUCAUGACUCAGUAUCUUUUGUUACUUCCUGUUAUGAGCUUUUCAUUUCCCAUGGUCGUGGGGUAUGCUUUCAGCACAUACUUUCCAGUCGAUAUCACUUGCAGUAAGCAAUUUUGGGACGAACAUUUUGCACUCAAAGCGAGAAUUUGUCCUGUCUAUAAAAAUUUGCCACGGGCUUUUAAGUACCUUGAUAAUGUACUGCAUUUGAUAUAUCUACAAGUUUUCCCUCAGUCCUCAAACUUGGCUAUGUGUCAGGAUUCCCUUGUUUUUAUGAUUGUGGCUCUUGAUGCUCAACAUUUAGAACAGUUGACCUCCAGCAUUUCUUCAGCUCCCGCUGCAAAAUCUCUUCUUCAGCUAAAUUUGGCAAAGUGAAUAAACUGGCCAUCUCUCUCAUACAGGAAAACAGUCCCUGAAAGUCUUCUUGCAGUUGUUUGUACCUGAGAUUUAUCAAUUAAGGACCAGAGCGCAUGGGCCACUGUAUGUGCUUUCAUUCCCGACAGCUGGCUGAAAUCUAUGCCGCAGUAGCAGAAUUCAAACGUACGCAGGUUUGAAUCAACUGGUUGAGGCGCUUGUCUCCUUCUUGCAUGAUACGCAAGGCAUACAAACAAAUUAAUUUGUGACCAUUGACACAUCAACCAUGAACUUUGCUUAGGAGAUAGGGUUGAUAUGGUGGCUGGUCUUCAGAGAUAACGAUUAUAGGCAACUACUGGCGGAUAUCUUGGCCUGCAUUCAGGGCUCAGUAAUCACCAUGUGAAGUAGAGCUGUUAUUGGGGCAGUCAGUAGUGUGUUAAUAUAUAGGGUAGGAGUACCUUGGUUGUUCUUCCAUUCGAGAGCAGGCUGACAUGUCUGAGCUUUCUAUCUGCAAAGGAGACAUUUCAGUAGUUGUGUUCCACACUAUUACGUACUUGUGUGUACACAUUCCUAUUCAGACAUAUAUGUGACAUGAUGAUGUUGUUAUUUGCAGGAAAGUACACUGCUCUUUCAGAAUGCUUAGUUAUGGCCCAGGCUAUCAAUCAAAAAUUUUUUCGAUGCAUUGUUGCAUGGCAUUUGUGCAAAUACAGCUGAAUUGGUGAGUUUUUUUAUUGGAACAAGAAAAGCAACGCAAAGGAAUAACUUGUCAUGCAUUUAAAGGUGGCGCCAAGGUAACGUGAAAACCGAUGCCCUUUCUCUAUUGAAUAUCUGGCUAAACUUCAUUAUGCAAGCAAUAUCUAUGCAGCAAUUUUCGCCAAAAUUUGCCGUGGACCUUUUCUUUCAACAGGAGAAGAAGCAUUAGAUGCGAGUAAUUAUGAUGCCUUGUUAAUGCAUAAGCAAGGCACAUCAUAAAAGCUGUUAGCAGAAAGGUAAAGGUAAACAACAGUUUCAUCUGUGGAGUUAUGCAAAUCUCCAUUGAAAACUGGGAGGAGCUUUAGAAGACUUGGGUUAAGAUACUCAUGCUAGUGUUUUUGAUUUCCAAGGCAGCUUUGUUCACUCAAUGGAGAAGAAAUUGUGUAACAAGCUAAUCUGUAGCAAAUAGACUGUUUUAAUGAAUUGCCCAUCUAAUUACUCUGAGUGAAAAAUGAACUAAACUGCUGUUAUAUCUGGCAAAGUGAACAUCUGCUAUACAGAUGGAGCACCUAUACUUGUGACAUUGACACCACUGCACUUCACUGGUUCAAGUAGACUGUGUGGAUUUGUGGAGAAAUUGUUAUGGCCAGUUGCUUGUUUAGAACUGAAUUGUUCCAUAUAGUCUUGUAAGAAGUAUGUUCUACAUGAAAACUGUGUCAAAAUGUAGGAAGCAUUUUGUUUCUUCCUACAAGUUUGGUGGUACCAAUGGACUGACCUGAAAAUAUGAAAAGAUGAAUUCACCUUCUGUUGGUUUCAUCACACAAGAAAAAGUAUAUCGAUCUUUUAUGCAAAAAUGUUUCACCUGUUAAAGGGAACCUUUGAAUUAUAGGUCCUGAAUUGGGUCAUUGUGAGCAAAAAAUACUGGUGGUGUUAAUGGUGAUGUAUAGAACUAUGCAGCUGUUGUGCUUAUUGCCGCUUGAGAUAUCUUAGUCACAUGUGCUAGAAAUUUGGCUGGUAAUAGCAUAAGUAAUUCAUAAAUUUUCAGCAUGGAUUCUGAAUUCAGUGAUUCGUCUGUGGUAUGUGUUUAAUCAUUGUUCUUUGUAUAUCCUCUAGUGUGCAUGUACGUGCUACAUUCAGAUAUAUUUGGUGAAGUAUUUUUAGAAUUUUUUUUAUGACAUCUUGUAAAGAGGCACUGCAGGCAUAUAUGCUGUAUGCAAAAAAAAAAGGAAUUGCUCAGUGGAGAAAAAUUUAACCCAGAAGAGGAGCUAUGACAUUAAAAGGCUAUGCUCAACUUUUACUGUUCAGAGACAUCAACAAGAUGAUUAACUUAUUAUUUUAUGCUCUAUAAACUAUGUCUGACACUGCCUUCUUUUAACCACUGAUUCAUUUCAGCCAGUCAAGCAAAAUGAGGCAGUGUAUAUAUACAAGCAUGCAUCCUUCUCAUUAUGCAGGUGCUAACUUCACAAUGAUAGAUAGAGUGUGGGCCACUCUGGUAUGAAAUUUCAGCUAUAGUGGUGCUGCUGAGACAUCAAAGCUUGAAACUGUGCACUAGUCGUGUAUUGAAACUAGCUUGACACAUCCAAGCCAAUCGUAAGAACAUUCGGUUAACACUGUGUAACCAUUUUCAUUGAAUUCACUAAACUUUAAUUAUCCUUUACCCAGAAGAAACAUGAACACUGAAUAAUGUACAGUUAAUUAAAAAAAUCGAUUUGUUGAGUGCCACACAAAACAGAAUUACUUGGCAUUUGCAUACGUUACUUUGUGGAUGUGGUAAUAUACCACACAUAUUUAUUACAGAAGAUAAAAAGAAUAUUCUAGCUUUGGUCAAUACAAGAGAGGUAAACAAGAGAUACCUUCAUGAACAUUUUUAGGAAUUAUUUCAAUGCAGAAAUCUGUCUCUAAAGAGAUUUACAUGCAUUUAUAUUGCAGAAGGGCAGCACUGUGAAUGCGAGUUGCUCGAUGAAAAGUCGUCUUCCUUUCAUGGCUUUAAGGGUUGCUCCUGCAAAGUGGGCCCCACUUUUAGUCGUAGCUGCAAGGAUAACUUAAUUUAGUGUGUUCAACUAUACUUUUCAAAUUGCUUAGUCAUAUCAUGAAGUACAGUAGAGCAGCUUAUUGUGAGUCUGCGUGGAGGCCUUGUUGCAGCUGGUACAUUACAGAGGUUGCAGUGUUUCGCUCAGUGUGUCACUCGUUUUGGUGAUUUGGGUUUAUAAAAACGGCAAUCGAAAACGUUUUCUUGGAUUGUAUACAAAAGCAUGUCUACAUAAACUCACAGACAGUUCAUGUAGGGCUUAAGCAUAUGGUUUUUAUGUAGAUAGGAACCUGCAAACAUAAACCCAUCUUGUAACAGGGUUAUUGCUGCUUGUAGUGUUAUUCACACCGUACAGACAUGCACAGAUAGAAUAACAUUUGUCUAGAGCAGCAGAAUGCGUAGCCGUCAACAUUGUUGUUGACUGCGGCUUCUACUUCACGUCAGCUAUGAGCUUGUUUUCAUGCUUAAAUUAUAACAGAACGGUUUAGCACCCAAUAUGACCAUGCUUGGUAUCAUUAUGGCCUCUGUCUUUAGAUAUUUCUGGAGAAAACGGCAGCUGGAGCGUCCGGCUGGGUGCUCUAGACAAGUGUGAUUCUAUCUGUAUGCUAUAGCCAGCAUUCUAUAAGUGGCAUUUCUAAAAAUAAUUGUUUAUGUUUGUAACUGUUGGCAGGAAUCAUAGGUUACUGUUCGUAUUUCCAGAUGUUAUUUAUCUUGUUUUCUAGAUGUUGAAUUCUCUCGCAUCUCGUGGUUGUAAAUGAUGAGAGCUAUAAAAUUGUUUUAUGAAUGGUGAUGUAACAAACUUCCCACCGCACCACAGCAUAGUAAAACCAAAAGCGCCAUCUGCGGCUGUAUUGAAUGAAUUUUGUGCAAGGCAAUAUACUUCAGUUUAGAAUUGAAUGCUGUUUUCUAUCUGCUGCUGUCACCACUCGAAGGUUUGUCGAACCACUGUUUCUACAGCACUGCAUAUAUAGAUACCGUUAUGACCACGUGAAGCUUUUAUUUUCUUUGUAAAUUCUGCACAUGACUGAAAAGAACACAUGCUUUUACGUUAAAGAUGCAUUAAACUUGAUACAAUUGCUGAAACCAAUUCUCUUGCAGUAACUGAAGCAUAUUUAAUGCUUCUUAUGCACCAUGCUUCUUGAGGUCUAAUGUUUGUAUCUUGAGUUGCUUCUCCUAAUACUGAAAAUUAUAAUUUUCAUAUUGCACUGAAAGUUUGAAGAUUAUUUCCCUCUGUGAAUAUUGACACUGACAUGAAGAUACCGAGGCUGUAUAGCUACUGGCAUCUUUCAAUGCAUGUAUCGAAUUUAAUAAUUAAUGAACUGCUUAAGACUGUAUUACAGAAUCUGCUGGCUACAGGUCCUACUAGAAUGACACUUACAAACAUUAGUAACAGUUUUUUGGGUCAUAAAAGUAAGCUUCAAAUAAAAGGUGCAUUGAGUACAUUGGUAAAAAUAUUCAUUAUUUAGUUGACUCAAAUGUGACUCCUCAUUUGUGGGCACUCCUCAAGUUUGUUGUGUCACGAGUUGGAUAACCAAAGCAUUUACGCUUCACAAGUAAUAAUACAGUGAGAUAUCAAGAAUGGAUGGUAUGCACAGUGAGAGGUACAUAAAAAAGGCUGUCGUGCGUGCAUCAGAAGUUGCCGAGAAAAACUGUUAUUUGAUAUUUAUGGAUGUUUUAGAGUGAAACUACUUGUAGGACAUACAGUUCACGGUGCCUGCUAGGAUGUGUAGAGAUUCCGCAUAUUUUAUUGUGAUGCUAAUUCGUGUUAAUAACUACACCAUGCUUCUAAUAAUAACUGCUUUCUUUUCAUUAUGUAGUGCCAUGCAGUUUGUUUCGAUAGGUGCUUGCUCUGAAUCAGUUUUUUGCUUUUAAUUUCGAGACUCAAAAUUCACACUCCUGGUAGGAAAUGCAUAUUUCUGGGUGAGGAAUGAUGUAGAUAUACAGUAUUAGCCCGUGAACUUUUGAUUUCGCAGAAGUAUGCCACUUCCUUUGCUGAAAAUGCUAUUGAAACAGUUUUCACAAAAAUUGUCAUUGAGCACGUAGCUGCAAACAACCUGUGGAGACAGUGCUACAUCUAAGUCAUGUAAUUUUUUCCAUUGUGCGAGUCGAUCAUUAGAAUUCUGCACAGAAUCUUGUAUGUGAAGUGAAAGGAGCCUACUAAAAAAUAUUCACGUAAGCUCGAUCAUCAUCAACCACUGAAUGAAAUGCAUAGAGCUGCAAAUCUUGCAUACCAUGUUUUGACCAUACAAGUAUCAACUGCUGUAGAGUUUGUGGCUUGAAUGAUUGACUUUGGUUUGCCAGGGUAAACAUCGCUGAUUAAAAGCAUUUAUAUAUUUUGCCAUAGUUUGCAUCGCUUUUUUAUUUAUACUGAGCUGUCUUGAAGGUUGGGCUUGGUAGGAGACAUGUGGUAGUGAAAGGAGGGAUAGUACUGAGACAGUACUACACUUCCAAACUACACAGGCAAUGCUUGGUAAAUUAUGCUUAUUGUUAUCAUGCAGCACCCAAAGCUGCAGUAACUGUAGGUCGAUACAGUGCCUUCGCACUUGUGCUCUUAUUCAAAGUGCCAUGAGGUUAGGUUAGCCUGGAAGUGAGCUUUAAGUUUUAAAGGCAGAAUUUCAUGGUAGUGGACUCGCACAUACUUUUACGAAUUCAUCAUUUGUAGAAUUUAUGAUGGCUUAACUUCCGUGAGUUUUUGGGAUAGGUUAGACAACUUGUUUCAUUAUGAAUGGUUGCAGUGAGGUAUGUAAUUAUUAGGUACCUGCUUUCAUUGAAGUGGCGAUUAUACUACCGUCAUCUUUUGUGAGCACCAUGACAAUCACACUGUUACGAAUGAAAAUACUGCUUUCACAAAAAGCUAUUCUGUAGUAAAGCAAGGUUCAUGUCUCAACAUUUAUUCAUUCAUCUGGGUACAUUUUCAUGUGCUGGUGACAUGUUCUAUGUAAUGUCUUUGUAAAACAUACCAACUUGCCCACAUGUCAGCAUGCCUGGUGACACAAUUUGCACAAAAUUUGUAUCAAAGUUGGCGUAUCUCAAUGAAAUGAAUAAGGAUGACAGAGAAGACGCAUAUAAUGCAAUAUCUGCAUCUUUUAUUGUUCUUGAUUCCUGCAAUUUCACAAACACUCAAUGGGCUGCAACAACGAGGCCAUCACUUAAACUUAUGUGUACUAGGUUGUGCAAAAAUGGGAUAGUUCGUUUGGUGCCAAAGUCUGCAAGCUAUGGCAAUCAUGCAUACGUGACAAAGAUAGUGUGCUAGCCUAUGAGGGAUGCAACUCGUAUGAGGGAAGCAACGACUGUAAAUUAUGUAGUCAAGAUGACAGAAAAAAGUUUGUAUUCAAUAUUCUCUAAUGAAUUAUGUACAAUUUCAGGUAUUGCAAAACCUUUUUACAUAGUGCUUCCACUGAAGUAUCAUGCGGCAUUAUUAGCGAACCUGCAAGCUCGAGUUUCACUCAAACAGUGACUCCUGUGGAUGUCUGUUAUCUCGUGCCAUUAAUAAAUCGAUACCUGCAACAGAACACUGCAUCUUUGUUGACUAGGCUAAGCUAAAGAGCCACUGAGGAAGAGGUCAGGUGUCAAUGCAGUUGAUGGAAAAUGAAAGGACGCUUUCGUUUCAACACUAUUGAAUAAUUAUAGUGACAGUGUCUGAGUGUGAAAAAAAAAGGGUGACGAGUAAGGAGUUAGACUGAUGCUCAUUAGUUAGUUCUUUAUUUUCUCUGUCAGUGGAUGUCGAGGUACACUCUUGUGGCUUUUUUUGUUUAUUUUAUGUAUGCAUAUUUGUGCCUACGAGCAUUUACAUAUGCGUUUAUAGAGCUGCAGUCCUGACCUGUGCUUCAGGCCAUAAUCUUUGAAAGAGGGACGAAAAGUUGCAUGUAAAUAUAUUUAGCAUUUUCUGUAUUGUGGUGAAUGAACUUACUAUGACCAAAAUUUCUGCUGCCCAGCUGAAAUACUCGCCACAAGAACUACAGGAGCCAAGCUGGUUGUUUUAUUAUACAAGUUGUUGCAUAAUUAGCAAGAGAGCCAGGUACUGGUGGUUUUCCUUCAUGGUGAUCUUCCAUGUUGCUUCUUACAUCCAUAUUUAGAUCAAAUAGCUGUUUAUUACAUUUUGAAUAAAUUGAACAUUAGUUAAAUUCGAUAUAUUUACUGUUACUGCAAUCUUAAUAGGUAAAAGCUUGAUUUCACGGCUGUGAUUUAUGCUUGGCCAGCACUGAUAUAUACGACAAGAGCUUAUGCAUUAUUCCUGUUGAAAAAGGCAGUACUGCAUUUGAAACUAUAUGUUGCAUAAGGAUACUUGUGUAAUCUGAAUGUAAAAAUAGCAAGCACUUUUGUGACUGGCUGAACAACUUGUACCUGGUUCCUUCAUUUGCACAAUAUAUGCAGCUCGGAUGUUUGUCAUUGCGACAGCCAAAACAUUGUCUUCUAUGAUGUUACUGCUGUAGCAAAGAUGUCUUUAAUUAUGCUGAGGCUUUUUAUCACUUAGUUCAUGUCUUCUUUUCAUGUAUACAUGUCUGGAAACGAAGGAAGGUUUUGCUAUGAGUUGUUAGCUGUCUGUAAUUUAUUUGUUUAUUACUAAUUACAAAUGAUAUUGCCUUUUAAUCAACAGCAAAGUCAUCGAGCAUCUGUAUAACUAUUAUCGCUGGCAAAGGCUUGGCGAGUGCCACUUUGCUUGUUUCUGGCUGGUGCUGAGUGAGAUUAUGAGGUUUCACGUAUGUGUGCAGUGAGCCAUGGGAAGUGAAUCUGUUGAUGAUGAUGAAUCAAGGUACUCCAGAAGAGACCCCUGGACUUUGCUGUGUGUUGAAAAUGCUGACUAUGUUGUUGAGAUGCGUUGAACAGUUUAUGUCCUCUGAAAUGUUUUUUUUUACUUUCCUUAGUAGCAUUGUUGUUUGUUUUACCAUUAGAUGCUCUGUCAAAUUAUUCGCACACUGUCCUAUGUUCAUGCUUUGCUUCCUUGAAAUUUCACCGUGAAUGACGGCAGUGUAUGUUGGAGUUGAAUAUCUCGCGGCAGUAAAAGAAUUAAAUCCACAAAACAU